AUGGUUCUUUCUUCUCGGAAAGUGCUUGAGAUUAUUUCUGAUGAGGAGAAGUUUGUUCGCCAUUCAUGCCCAAAUUACAAAAAAGAUGCUGUAACAUUGAUUGAUAUUCCUAAAAACUCAUUCACUGCCAUUCGUUUACUGAAUGCAUCACCCGUCGAGAUAUCACUAUCCUCGAAAGUUGUGUUAGUGGGUGGUGUGCCAGCUCUUUGGUAUGAUGAGCAGCGAGUAGGGUUUAGAAAAUUCGUUUCAAGCAUUGGAUCGAGAAAGAUAGAUAGGGACACAAGAAAGCUAGAUAACUAUGGAUAUCGCCUGAUGUAUAAAAAGGCAGGUUCACACACUUAUGGGGAGGAACAUGCUUCAAAUAAACCAAGUACACCUGGUAGUUCGACGCGGACUGCCUAUGGACCAAGCCCAAGGAGACAAUUAAAGGAGACGAAAACUUUGGCAACAGAGCUACGAGUUGCUUCUCCCCACGGAAGUAAACCCAUAGCGAAAUUGCAAGAACUUCAACAUAAAGUACGCCAGAGCAAGACAGUUCCUGUGCUUCCUACUCUCCAGAAGAAAUCCGCACCAGAGAAAGUGAAUUACAGGUACCCAUUAAGCACUAAUCAUGAUCAAAGGAAUGUCGAUUACGAAAGUUCGGUUUUCGAUGAUUUCGAGUCAUCUACAGAUUUACAAAGUUCAUUGAGACCUAGUAAUAUUUCAAUGAAAAGCUCCAUGCAUAGUUCGGAAAGAAAAGUCCCUAUCAUACAUCCAUUUAGAGAAAAUUCCUGUAAUAGAUAUGACUAUGAAGACAAACCAUCUACGAUUACAAUGCAAGUCCCUGAAUCGGGGAUAGAUUCUGCGUUGCAAGAGGGAGACUCCGUUUCUCCCUCUGUUUCAAAUUAUAAACUAGUUUCUCCCGAAGCUUCAGAUGAUACUGCCCGUCAGUCACAAAGUGGCCAAGAAAUCUCCUCAAUCGCAAAGAACCGUGCCAUCACAUUUGCCGAUAAACGGGAUACGAAUACUAUAGUUUCUCACAGUCGAGUAGUUGGUUCUUAUUCUUCCUUAGCUGUAAGGAAAUUACCUCUUGUUCGUCUGAAAACCACAACUAACUCUAAAGUUUCUGAAGUGAUGCGUGUAUUGGAUCCAAGUCCAGAAGAAACCGAUUGCAGUCUGAACAAGAAUGAGUUAGUCAAAUUUACUGCGUCAAGGAGGCACAUAAAAAGGCAUAAAGGGGUUUCUGGUAAAGUAUUGAACAGGUUGAAAAAAGAAGCAGAGGAACUAUCUCAGCUUUGCUAUAGUCCUCAUCAUAAUUUGGUUCAACGGCUAAGAAGUGGCGUGAUUUUAUUUGCAGGCAGAGUACUUGUAAUGCAAAAGAUUGCAGUUGAUAGAAAAGAGCCUCUUUUGCACUUUUCAGAAGUAGAGCCAAUUGAUACACGAGUUGCUGAGAGGUGGAAGGAAUAUUUCGUCAUUGUACGAUCAACGAACUUAUCUGAAAGGCCUGUUUUCAUUCAGUUCUAUAAAGGUGUGCAUGCCCCCAAGAAUUUAGACAAGGGCUUUAAGAGAAAGGCCAAAUCAAUGGAUUUUUUUCUAGAUAUGCAGUGCAAGAUUGAUUUCUACAGUAAUUUGGAUAAGACAAUAUGUGUUCAAAAGCCCGAUGACAAAUAUUCUGGGAUGAUCGCAGAAGGAAACGAUCCAGAUUUAGACUCUUUAAAUCCUUUGGCUUUUUAUAUUUUUCGAUGCCGAACACUCCAUGAUUCAAGUAAAUUAUACGAGAUGCUAAGGAAAUACCUAGGAAUUGCAACAAUUCCAAAAGAACUGGUUAUAAGAGUCCCUGACGCUGAUAUCUCUGUAGGAUUGAAGUUCACAAAGGACAUAGUGAAUAAAUUGUUCCAGCUGGAAGCAAAUGAGUCAGAAAGAUUAAUUCUAUCAAUUCUUCGGAGAGGAUACAAAGUAUUUCAAAAUCCUUUGAUGAGAUACAUAAACAUAGCAGUAGUACAGGAGCUAAAACAAAGUCAUCGAGAUGUUUUGAAGCAAUGGGAUAAGAGUAACGUAAUAUUAGGAUGCUGUUUCAAGCGCUAUGACUUAUUACAGUGGUCGUCAGGAAGUCAAAAUGCAUUAAUCGGAAAUUCUUUAGCUCUUUGCAAAUCACAUCUUUUGGAAUACAGAUCAUAUACUCAAAUACCGAGAUUGGUAAAAGUGGGAGAGAAAAGCAUACUUGUUGAGCCGACUGCUGUUGAGGGGUUUUUAAUACAAUUAACAAACAAAUAUGGAAAAGAAAAAACAUCUCUGGGAAAGUUCUUUUUGCAGCCGUCUUUUCUAUUUACCGUGGACAAUCUACUUUUUUAUAUGAAAUCGAAUAGAGUCAGUGCUGAUGUGCCUUUCGAAAAGCUGUUUCAAGGUUCCCAGAGUAAAACUUCUCCUGAUGAGACAAAACAAAUGCUAAUGAAGACUCCUAAUGUGUGUGAACAUGAUCCUUAUCCGCUUGAUCUAAGUGGUCAUAUAAACUGGCUAAAAGACAAAAUUGAUGCUCGCACGUUUGAAGAAAACGAUCUAUUCGCUUUCAAGUCCUUUAAUAGACGCGUGAUACAGAUUAUGAAGGCCGAAGGAAUGAUUGACAUGACAGAGAUAGUAAAUGUCUUUUAUGAAACAGUCGCAAAUGUGGAAGGUUGCGAGAUUAAGUACCAGCUGUACAGUAAAGCAAAAAGAGCGUUUUGGCGGCACGCUAAAAAUAUUAAGGAUGACACAAGCUACUUAGUUUGCGCCGUAACAGCAAAUGGUCUCAUUCUGAAAUUAUUGGCACCUAACAAGACUGUCUGCGAAGAAUGGGUUACCAGGCUCCAAGGGUUGAUAAAAUACUGGAAAGGAAAGAGACACUCUGAAUCUGAGAAAAGCAAAGCGCUUAAGAUCAAAAAUUUCCGAAAUUUAAAACUUGAUGAAGAAGAGGAGUCAAACAUCAAUGGAAACACACCAAAAUGGCUAACUGAUCGUGGUGUUACAGAUUCCACAAUUUAUAAUGCGAAUGCGCUUUCAGGACUGCGACCCUCACUUCAAAAAGGCCUGCUUUACCAAAAGCCAAAAAAACACAGCAUCUUUUCAAGGUAUUUCGUUAUACUAAUUCCUGGAUUUUUGACGUUUUAUCAUGCUUUUCAUAGAUCAUCUUCGGGGGUUGCUAAGAAUGUGCUUAAUCACUCGCACUACUUGACUAUUCCUCUAGAAGGCUGCUACAUAUAUUCUGGCGCUACAACAGAACUUGAUUUAUUGAAGAGAGACCAUACUUUUGAUGAAAUUAAUCCCGGAAGCCAUUCGUUACCAAGGUACUAUAGCGACGGUUGGAGAUCAACGGAGGACGAAACAUCGAGGUGUUUUACGCUUUGGUUCGGUAAAAAACGCACCUUCCAUACUGUAAAGAGGCGAAACGAGGUAGAGAGCAAAGAUGGCGGGUUCCAUCAUGAUGCUUCUGCGGAUACGUCCAAUAAUGAAAAAUUUAGACGAAAUCCGUCUACAUUAACGCUCACAAAAAAACUAGGAGUCACUGGUAGAUCGAUGGUUUUCAUGGCACGGUCUCGACAGGAAAGAGACCUGUGGGUCCUCUCUAUUUAUUACGAGCUGGAACGACUAGCAAGAGUCAGUGCCGAUUUCUUGUGA